GAGAAGCCUACUGAUCACUUGAUUGGUUAGCUUGUUUGCACAAACGAUUCUUACAGAUCCGCCCAGGAAGUGGUAAACAGGGCGAGAGUGUAGGACGAAAAACAUCGUAACAAACUGCAGGAAAGUUGUGAAAUUGUGGCUUUCAAGAGUUGUAUGUGUCAACGAUGUAUAUGAUCUUCAGUUUCUGUUGAAAUAGUCCAUGGGAAAUACAUUUGAUCGAUAAGAUACGGUUCACCGACCAAGAUGGGUAGAAAUGGCGGGGUUUGUUUUAUUUUUUAGCCUUCCUGCUAGGCAGACAAGUUUUUAAGCGAACGGGUCAGCAGGUAUAAAACUGAAGCAAUAAUUAUUCAACCCCGAUCACAUUGGUACCAAAUAAACUUGUUGGACGAGUAGGCUAUUGCAACAAUAUUUUUUAUUUUAAGUGUUUACUUGUUUUUCUCUCAACUGCCUCCUGGGUCCUACGAACAUGACGCCCGACCUCCUUAACUUCAAGAAGGGAUGGAUGUCAAAACUGGAUGAGAAUGGAGAGUGGAAGAAGCACUGGUUUGUGUUGACCGAUGCUGGUCUGAGGUACUACAGAGACUCUGGGGCGGAGGAGAAGGAUGAUCUGGACGGGGAGGUUGACCUGAAGUCUUGUGUUAAAGUGUCUGAGUUUGAUGUWGAGAAGAACUAUGGAUUUCAAAUACAGACGAGGGAGGMAGUUGUSACACUGUCAGCGAUGACUGCAGGGAUCAGGAGGAACUGGAUUGAGGUUCUGAGGAAGAGUGUUCGGCCCAGCAGCUCUCCAGACCUUACACAACUGCCUGAGGGCAGUAGUGACAAGGAGAACUCUCGCUCCCUGGCCUCCACUCAUCGACCACCUUCUCGCCACGGUGAUGCUGGAUCAGAAACCACCACCACCUCUGUACGCCGAUUUGACUGUGUUGAGCUGUCACCAGUGCCCGUCCCCUCCAGCCCUCUGCCAGCCACUCAGAGAGAGGCAGGGGAGGGGCAGGGCAGGGAGCACGCCCAAUGGCAGGAGGAGAGGAGCAGAGAUGUGACCAGUAGCACAUGGGAGCAGGUGCUGUCGAGGAAAGGGCCAGGUGUAGGCUCAGAUCCCAGGAUAAGAGCAGAGGAGGACAUUGAGAAAAAGUGGGCAGAGUUUGAGCGGCUGCCACUAAAGGAGAUGAGGUCACUACUGCCAACGGGCUCACGGUCCAGCCAUCCAGCCAAUGAGGCGCUGCAGAGGGAGGUGGCGUCUCUGAGGCAGCAGCUGGAGCGCGUUUGCAGGACUGUGGUCGGGAGCUACGUGUGGCCGCAGCCUUCAGCCAUGGAGCGGGCCCACAAACAGGCCCUGGAGGAGCUGCAGAAGCAGCAUGCCCGUGAGACCAGAGAGCUGGAGAGGGACAGGGACCGGGUGCUGAGGGAGGAGACCCAGGACACAGCACAAGUUAUGGAGACACUGAAGAAGGCCCACAGGGAGGAGCUGGAGAGAGAGGUGGAGAAGGCAAAGAGGCUUGGUGGAGGGAGUGCCAACACACAGACUCUACGCACACAGCAGCAGUUAGAGACCCAGGCCCUGCAGAGGGAGCUGUCCGGCCUGUCUGAGAGGUACUCCCAGAAGUGUCUGGAGCUGAACAGGGCUGAGCAGAGCAACGGGGAGAGGGAGAAAGACAUCACUCGCAAGGAGAGAGAGCUGGAGCAGCUGAGGAAAGAGAACCAGGACCUACAGGCCCGUUUGACAGAGGAGAUCACCCGCAUGCGCUCCAUCGUCACGGGCCAGGGGUCGGAGGGCGUUUCCCACGACAACCAGGACAGGCCGUCCUGUGAGCUGGAGGUUCUUCUCAGGGUGAAGGAGAAUGAGGUGCAGUACUUGCACAAGGAGAUCAGCUGUCUGAGGAACGAACUUCAGUUCCUGAACACGGAGAAGCAGUCGGCCUGUGAGCGGUAUAAAGAGGUGCACGGGGAGCUGAGUGGUAUGAAGAGCAGGAGCGAGCGGGAGAUCAAGAGCCUUAGGGAGCACCUGAGAUUGGCCAUGGUUGCCCUGCAGGAGGGGCAGAAACUAGGCAACAGCCUGGAACACUGAGACACCGCCUCAAGGGCUCUGCUCAGAGAUACAGAGUUGUGUGGGCACAAUGGUGACUGAAAUAGGAGAGGAGCAGAAGUCUUCGCACCAGAAGAUGCCGGCUCGGGGACCACAAUAGUGCCUUAGCUUUCAAUCAUUCAGCCGAUGAGCGGCAUAGACUAGUAUCAGCUGAUUGGUCAUAUUACACUGGGUUGCGCAAAUUUUAAUCUGCACUUUUUAAACUUUUUUCUAUUGUUGAUAUGCGAGAGUGAGUGAAUGAAUGAAAAUAUUGGUCUGAGAAACUGGAUUAUUUGUGGAAAGACUGUUGCUGUGAUGUAUUUGUGACCUGAAACAGCACUGGAUUACCUUUCUCUGCAUACCUACCUACAUGUAGACCUACUAUUUACAUGUUGACAGUAGCCAACAUAUAAACAGUUGGUCUACAUGUUGGCUACUGUCAAAAGCUGAAUAAAGAAGCAGGAUAUAAUUCUCACAAACUA